GUCGCCUUUCCAUGACCAGGAAGUCCAUGUCAUCAUCAUCACAUCCUCCUCCUCCUCCUCCUCAUCAUCAUCCGUAACAUCACAGCUCGAAAAUGCCUAUGCUUCAUGAAGACGAUAUGGGUCGGAGGAAUUCGGGGGAUUCCGACUCACAAUGCCCCGAAUCCGCUCCGGUCCCGAUACCAACACCACCAGGAAUGGCCAGGUGGUCUCGUCGCCUCUCAGAGGAGAGCAUCCGGACCGAGCUAUGUGAAGGGCCUGUCCCGGACAGCCCGCCCAAGCCAUCCACACCCCAAGAAGCCGUCUCUCAUGCGGUUUGCAACAGGGCCGAACUCAUCGAGCGGUUGAAGCGCGGCGAGAGCCCGGCCUGGGUCCCGAACCGUCUCGCACACUUGGAACCACAAUCUGAUAUCGGGUCUUCGUGGCUGUCUGAGGAGAAACUGGAAUCUUUGUUCCGUCAAAAUAAGGCCGCUUCGCCACCGAGAACGCCUCGGUUGACGGGCCCGGCCUCGCCCGGUUUGCUACCUGCACCCACCAUCACCCCAGAGAAGCAAGAUGUGACACGGGGCCAGCAAAGUAUGGGCUCGCCUUCGCAGGAAGGGUUGAACAUUGAGCGCCCACGGUCGGCCCUCCACAGCGGCAACUUCACCCCGGUAGAACUUUCUCCACGCUCCGGAGGCACUGAGGACACCGUCCUGCCCGACAGCGAGAGUCACUUUCCCUCAGCUAGCGCUGGAUGGAUGAGCACAUCCCCUCCAAGGGACUAUACACCCUUUGACUUUGCCCGGGGCGCGGCCGAUUAUAGGAAAGAGGCCUUCAAAUCUGGCCCUGCUUCAUUAAGCUCUUCACUCUCUUCCAGCUUUGCUUAUCAGCCGCCAACCAGUCCGCUCGUUCAGUCAGAAAGCAACGAGGACCUCGAUUUCACAUUGCCUCUCGAUAGUUUCAACAUAGAUGCGAACAGUCCUCGAAAUCCUCGACGCCAUACCCUAAACUUUGGCCACUCGCCCUUUGCCAACCCAACCGGCCACAGGCAGUCACCUCUUCGCCGCGAGAGCACUUACCCGUACCAAGCGCAUCAACCCCGGCGAUCCCUAAGUUCGACGCCAAAUCCCUCUUUCACCGGGACUCCCCCACAAACGCCCGCGCUUUUCCGGUCCCGGCGGCCGUCGUUUGGCUCGGAAGCCUCCCCCUUGCACCAUGCGUCUAUGGUGGGGUCCUACGAAGAGAGUAUCCUCAGAGGCCGCAUGUCCACGAUACCCUCUCGACCCCUGGAGUUCACGGCCCAGAUUGGGGUUCUCGGCCUUGGAAAGUGCAAAGCAAGCCUCCGCUGCCCAGCUCAUGUGACCCUACCGUUCUCGGCCGUCUUUUACAACUAUGCCAGCACCUCCUCUGGGGCGAGUAAGGUGGAAGACGGGCCAAGUCCCUACGUUGGCCAGAUUGAUCUCGAGAACGGAUUGCCAAAUCCCGAAGAGGGGCAGCGGGCCAAGAGGAAACUGCAAACUCGGUACCAAGAUCUUAAGGGUACGGGAGAAGAAAAGCCGCGGGCCCGUGAAAGCCUAGCCGAGCUCUCGGAAGGCGAAGGUGGCUCUUCUAGGACAACGACGUCCAAGCGGCCGUCCAGAACACCAAAGGCGCCCCCUGGUGGAGGUUACCGCAUCCCGGAAAAGGGUCAGCUACAGAUCAUCAUCAAAAACCAAAACAAGACCGCCGUCAAACUCUUCCUCAUACCGUACGAUUUAGCAGGCAUGGAGCCCGGCACCAAGACCUUCAUCCGCCAGCGCAGCUACUCAGCGGGGCCCAUCAUUGAAGCAGAGGUUCCCAAAGACGCCCCAGCCGACCGCCCGAUCUUACGCUACCUCAUUCACCUGCACAUCUGUUGUCCUUCCAAGGGGCGCCACUAUCUCUACAAGUCCAUCCGCGUCGUUUUCGCCAACCGCGUCCCCGACGGCAAGGAGAAACUCCGGAACGAGGUUACUUACCCGGACCCCCGAUUUUCCCCCUACAAGCCGGUACGCGUGAUGCACCCACCGCCGGGGGUGAGUGGUUACGCCGCUACCAGCACCAGUGUACCCUCUAGCGCCGCCCUGGCGGCAGAGCAGGCCUUCCGUCGGCGCAGCCUGGGCUUCCCCGGACACGGGCACCAUCCCCUCUACCAGCAGCAGCACCACCACCCCUUCCCCAACGAGGAUCCAGACCAUCCUCCCCAGGACCCACAGCCCAACCCAUUCAGACGUUUCAGCGCCAACCCCAUAACCCAGCCCGGGGCCCGCCCAGGCUGGAAAGGAGACCACACCCAGCUCGACCAAGGCACCUCCACCACCCCCACAGCAAUGCCGGGCCUCGAGAUGACCGGCCCUUCUUCACAACCGCAAACCUACGACAAGCUCAGCAAAGGCGACCUCGGCUACGGCGGCGUCCGCAGCUCACACCCCUUCAACAACAACAACAACCCCAACCGCCCUCUCCACCACCAACAACACCACACUCACCACCCCUACCAGCACCACCGCCCCCAUCACCCCAACACCACCACCACCAACCCAGGCACCUCAGAACCAAGCGCAACAGCGACAGAGGGCCUCCUCUCCAAACGCCUCCGUUCGCUCGGCGUGCAGCACCCUCCUCCCGUCCCCACGUCAUCGUCAUCGCCACCGCCACCCCCGCCCCCGGCCCCGGCACUUCCAUCUCAGCGCGGACCGCAUCCGCCGCAGCCCGAGGAGGGCGGGGUGAUGGAGCUGAGAUAGGUAGCAAGCCUGACGA